AUGGUUGCGCUUGGUAUUGAAAAUCCCGGUGCCGUUGUCCAUCCACUUGUUGAAACAAACUUGGUAACUGGCUUCAUGUCAGCGGCAAACAUUGCCUUCUCAUACGUCAGCCACAAUACCUUCUUUACCUUCAUGGCCGAGCUCGAAAACCCUAGGGACUUCCCUAAGGCCCUCGCCCUCCUUCAAACAGUCGACAUGACCUUGUAUAUUAUUGCAUCGGUAGUUAUCUACCGCUAUGCAGGAGCGAGUGUCGAGCCCCCGGCUCUGGGAUCAGCUAGCCCAUUAAUUGUCACUGCAGGAGUCAUCAACAGCCAUGUCGCUGCGAAAUCGAUAAAGAUCCAUGCGUUCGCCGGCACAGAUCGCAUGCACAAGCGGGAUUGGGUUGCUGUCAGCUCGUGGGUAGGUAUCGCUGUUGCGCCGUGGAUUAUCGCAUGGAUCAUUGCAAUGGCCAUUCCAAAUUUCAGCUCCAUGCUCACGUUGAUUACUGCUCUUUUUGGAAGCUGGUUCACAUUCAUCUUCACGUUUAUUUUUGGAUUCCAUCUGAAUCAGAUCAUGUGGUUUUCGUCACCCCGGAAGAUACUUCUCACUUUCUUGAAUACACUCGCUAUCUGUGUCGGACUCAUUUUGUGUGGUCUUGGUCUUUACAGUGCUGGGAAGUCAACAUAUGACAAUCCCAGCAGCUCGAGCUUCUCUUGCGCCAAUAAUUCUUGA